CUAUGACGACGCGUUACGCCUAACUUCAACUCUUCGGAUUUUAUAGAGUUACUGCGAUCCGGCCAAAUAAUGAGAUGGAGUGCAUGCCUUCUUAUGAGUUUGUGGAAAUAGAGGAAAAUGGUGCAAUACCCCAUGAAGAUGACAUUUCAGAAGAAAUCGUAUCUCUCAAUAAGGAAACGUAUGAGAAUGAAAUUACAUGGGCUGUAUACAUUGCUUUAGCUCUUUCACCAGAGGAGGGUGAGGUCUGCAAAGAGUACAAGAAAGGGAAGAAAAAGGCCCACCCUGAUCGUGGCUGCUACCACAUUGAGUAUAAGUUGCUGCCAGGUGACAUAGAGGUGGUUAAAUUGGACCUUUUGUUAUGUGGACCUGUGGCAAAGCUAUACAAAGAAGAGCAAUCCAAGAUUAUAACUGCCUGGACUGAAGCAGGUCAAACAUGGGUCGGAUGGACCCAGGAUUUCAAUGUAAAAGUCAACAGGGCUUUGGCCAUUCAGUUACUUCACCAUAAGAUCACUGUCCAUAUUUGGAACCAUAGGGACAAGCUGUUCAGCCAGGCACACUUUGAGAGUCAGAGAGCAUUGAGACUGGCUCAGGAUCUGACUGAUGACACAAGAGAUCGUAUGAUACACAUCUCCCUUGAAACACCUCUGUUGUCGGACCAUUUAAAAGCUGAACUCAACCCUCUGGCUAUCACUAUUGAUUCAGCCACCUCAAUGCCAUCUACCCCUGUGCCUUUUCAUAUUCUAGAGGAGAAGUGCAUGCCUGUGUAUUGCCAAUAUAAAUUCCACAAUCUCAAAAUGCACAGGACCAGCUAUGAAAAGCAUGGUGACAAAAUGUAUUUCAGAGAUGUCAAUGUCAUCUUUACUGGCUUACUAAAUCCCCAAGACCUCCAUGCGUUUCUGUCAGGACCACCGAUGAGGAUAGAGAUUCACGACCGUGACAAGAAGCAAGAUGAUAAAACCCCAGUUGGGCUCAACUGUGGUUUCGAUGGUAUUGCGGCUUCCUUCUCCAGUUGCGCAGGACUCAAGUCUGACCCCACAAGAGUCUCUCUCAACUGCUGCCUAUGCUGCACCAAGGACAACAGCAAGUUUCUGAACUUGAGGAACCAACCAACAGCCCGCUUCAAUCCGAGCCAGGAGGAAAAAGACUCUGCCACAGCCUCUGGGUUUGUCGGCCAUUUGCUUUCCGAUCCUGAAAGGAAGUCAGGACCACAAAGCCAAACACCAGCUCUCAGGAAAGACUCAACUUUGACACCUCUAGAAGCCAAAUCUGCCGGGUUGUCCACUGUGUUCACAUACCUCCACUGGGACAUGUCGGAAAACUGGAGGAUUUCAGACACUCUCACCCUUUUCCACAGCUUGUCCAUCCUGCUAGCCACCACCGCAGCUGUCAACUCCAUACAGGGGAUGGUAACAGGUUUGAGUGGAGCCACACAUGCCCUGCCCAUCACAAAUGCGCAAGGCAACAGACACCAAGCAAUCAUCAACAUAAAAAUGGUGCAACAGAGUACUGACAGCCGCAGGACUGAAAUGGUCACGAUUAUCCUUAGCACACCUCCGAAGCGCAAAAGAGGCACAGCUCGGAGAGGACGUUGCACCAAACAGAUGUACUACCAUUCGGUACUCCGCGAGAUCCUGACUGCAAUCUCCGUCAGGCCACCACAGGAAUCUCAACAAAUCACAGUCUUCAGCUGGCACCCGGACCUGGUGAAACAUGGCCUCAACAUCAGCCAUAAGCACAGGUUCCUUACGAAAUCUAGUGAGGACACCGACCAACAGACUAUAGUAAGAGGCAGCCAACUCUAUGUCCAGAUCAAGCUCCUCUUUCUUCCUCCUCAACAGCUCCAGCUGCUCCUCCAGAGCAUGCUUCUCUCUCAGAAGCCUCUGCCGAGCCAUAAGAUCGGCGGUCUCGGCCUCAGCCUUCACUGUAUUUUCCUAACCCCUUCGUGCGCCUACACCACUGCCAUUGGACAGAGGAGGAUCUACAGAUGGAGCAGAUGGUUCAAUGGCGCCCUCUGCCAGUCUAUGUGUGACAUCCGAAACAGCUGGCACCUCCAGGAGCCAUUUAUUUGUCUCCUUCACAAAGUACCUCCAGAUGUGGACAAGGCUACCGGUCUGUCAGUUCUACCUGGCCAUUACAUUGAUGCAAAUUCAGAACUCAAAGCAAGGAUUAAACUAGCUUGCCCUCUUAACUUCUCUAACAAUAAUGGUAGCACAAUAAGCUCGUGUGAAGCUCUCUUUGGACGUGUAGUCUGUAUUUUUGACCAUAAUAACUUUGCAGUGAUGGACAAGCUGAGACAGGAGAUCUUGAAGAACAAUGCAGAAGUCUUUGAGUUGGGUUCACAUACAUUAGAAAAUACAGAAAAUGUUUUAUCAAACUACACCACCUAUUUUAAACACAGUCAGGCCCCCGAUCUGGAUUUUGUUAGCGGAUUCCAUUUGGUAGAUAAGAAGACACAAAUUGUUGUAGUUGAAGGCCUCAGACAUAAGGCAGUGAAGAAACUCCGGGAAACUGUUGCUAUGAAGCUAAGUGGGAGUAAGGAGGAGCAGGUGAUAGUACUCUACAAUUCAAAACUGCCUUUCUUCAAACGCAUCUAUGAUACACUGGAUCUCAGCCUGACACCAAUAAUUCUCCCUGUGUCAUUGGAGACCAUCCUGAUGGAGCCACUAAUCUAUGUCAAAGGCACCAUUCCCCAGCUGUGUUUGCAAUGUUUACUAAGGCUACAACAGCUCUGCCAGGUGAGGUCCCUCACAGACGGCGUGCAGCACAAUGUCUUCCCCUCAGCAGAUAUGAUUCAAAGCUUGAGCAGACAAUACAAAACAUCUAUACAACAGUGGAAACAAGUCCUUGUGAUUGACCAGAGGGAUGAGCAGAUCCUUAUUCCUAUUGACAGUCAAUCCACAAGUCAAACUGCAGACACAAAAGAAGAUAUCCACUGUCAUAUCAACAAACACUAUGACACAUUCAGAAAACUCAGAUUUUAUCCAGGCAUAAGAAUACAAGAAAAGUGCAUGAGGACAGCGCUUGUCAACAGAAGUCAGUCAAUACGAAGGUUGAAGACAGCUGAUUACACACCAGUGCACAAUUACAGCAUCCAGACUUUCAAUACAAAUGUACUCAACAAGGAAUGGCUUCAACGACAAAUGGCAAAGCUGCCAGGUCGAUGGUUCACUUACAGUCAGGAAUACUACAGCGGCAUUGUCGAACCACGGGAGUAUACUGUGACCACCCGAACCAAACAAAGUCCUCCAGACCCAGCUGCGGUGUUCACACUCAAAGACCAGGUGCCAGUUUUAGAGGCCAAAGUUCCAUCUGCUAAGUGUGGUUACAGAUAUGUUGCACAUCAUAAAACUUGGAACUCAGGUUUAAGAAGGCCUGAGAUGCAUCCCAAAGCCCCAGAUCAAGCACGCGUAGAAGAGUUAAGAAAACCAUGGAAAGAGAAUAUAUUUCAUGGCAACAUCUUAAAGCCUCCUCUCUCCCGGGACCCAUGGUGCUGGAGUCAGCGCUCACAAGACUUCCAGCUCUAUCGUAAAGCUCCGCCUUUCUUCAGCACAUGGCCAGUGAGGGUCCACCUCGAUGGAAUAUCUCUCCAGGAGAAGAGGACAUUAGCCGCCAAAGCACAGCACAGGCGUGAGAGCAGCACUGGCCCAUUACCUGGGUUUAAGUGCCACAUGGCAGACACAGACAAGUUUCACAACCUUUUAAAAGAUGAACCCCAAAAAUAUUCUUUAAGGAAGCCUGGUAUGAUUUUAAAGCCUGUACCUCAUCUGUCUGUGAUCAGCCAGCCACUCUGGAGAUGUGACAGAUGUACAAAGGAGCUUUGCUCUGGCCCCGGGGCCCCGCACGGACUGUAGUCUGAGCAGCAGGAACAACGCCAUCCCCAGGCAC